AUGAUGAAAGUGGCUCUAGACUCUCAAACUCGACACUGUACCUUUGGUCAGGGAUGGCCGAUCGCUUCUUUCCGAACGAGAUGCCUCCCUUCAUGGCAGAGACCACACCUCAACAAGCUCUUCCCUCCCAAACACCGCUAUCAGACUCCCUCACCACCCUCCUUUCUCUUCCUCACCAAACACUCGCCGCAAAGUUCCAGUCUGCAGCAUUACACUUGAAACAAUCGGUGGUGAGGGAGACUUGGGGGUCCAGUGGGAAUCGUGUGAAGGAUUAUACUCUUUACACGGGGGCUCUUGGGACAGCAUUCUUGGUUUUCAAGGCCUAUCUAGUAACCAAGAAUGAGAGUGAUCUUAACUUGUGCUCAGAGAUUGUUAAGGCUUGUGAUUCUGCUUCAGCAUGUUCUAGCCGUGUGACGUUCAUCUGUGGGCGUGCUGGUGUAUGUGCUCUUGGUGCUGUCGUAGCUAAGCAUAAUGGUGAUGAAAGGCUACUUAACUAUUACCUAAGACAAUUCAAAAAGAUUGAGCUACCUCGUGAUUUGCCUUAUGAGCUAUUGUAUGGCAGAGCAGGUUACUUAUGGGCAUGCUCAUUCUUAAACAAGCAUAUUGGUGAACACACAGUGCCUACUCCUCAAAUGAGAUCGGUUGUGGAUGAAGUUCUUGCAGCUGGUAGACAAUUGGCUCACAAGGGAAGAUGUCCUUUGAUGUAUGAAUGGCAUGGGAAGAAAUACUGGGGUGCUGCCCAUGGUCUUGCAGGAAUUAUGAAUGUUCUGAUGGACAUGGAACUCAAGCCAGAUGAGGUGGAAGAUGUUAAGGUCACACUACGGUACAUGAUUAAGAAUCGGUUCCCUAGUGGAAAUUAUCCCUCUAGUGAAGGAAAUGAAUCUGACCGUCUUGUGCAUUGGUGUCAUGGUGCUCCUGGACUCACUCUUACGCUUGUAAAAGCUGCUGAGGUUUUUGGGGAUAAGGAAUUUAUACAAGCAGCUGCAGAUGCAGGAGAAGUAGUGUGGAAGAGGGGUCUGCUUAAGAAAGUUGGAAUCUGUCAUGGCAUUAGUGGGAACACCUAUGUCUUUCUCUCCCUGUACAGAUUGACCGGAAAGGUGGAGUACUUGUACAUGGCUAAAGCAUUUGGUUGCUUUCUACUUGAUAGAGCACAGAAAUUGAUCUCAGAAAGAAAGAUGCAUGGAGGAGAUCGCCCGUUUUCCUUAUUUGAAGGUCUUGGAGGAAUGGCAUAUAUCUUUCUAGACAUGAUUGAUCCUCAACUGGCAAGGUUCCCAGGCUAUGAACUUUGAGUCUCUUGAUGGAUGAUGACAAUAAACCUUUGCAUAUAAAAAGCCACUUCCCUGAUGAUAGAACUAAACAAAAUAUUGUUGGGGUUGACAAGGAUAUGUUUAAGGUUCUGGAAAAUUUUGUAAAUAUGAGAAAAUCUGUAACUCUUGAAUGUGCCUGAGUUGCAGUUUGAGACAUUUGAGAAAACAGUGAUGUAUGAAAUCCAGCGCUUACUGCUAUAUCAUGUCACUUUGUAAGAUGGGUAGUGUAUUAUAAAGUACUCAUUCCUAA